AUGCCAGAAGUCAGAUUCCAACCCAGCCGCUGUCUCGUGCGUCUCGACGGGAUGUUCGGGUACCUUUUCCGGGCUAUGAAGUCGCAUGGCCGUAUCUAUGGCAUGGCCAUAUCCCUGAACCGAAGACCCUCUCAUAUGAUGGGUAUUGUUCGCACUGGCCGGACGCCGUUAUCUUAUGCCGCUGGGAAUGGGGACCUGAGUAGCCUCAACCUGCUACUCCGCGAAGGGGCCAACGUCGACUCGAAAGACUCGGCUGCCGGACGCCGCUAUCAUAUGCCGCUAAGAAUGGGCAUGAGGGCAUCCUUAAUCUCCUACUACUCCUUAAUAGACAUCCCGUUGCCGCCAUUUCAUGCCGAGGGGAACAGGCUCAAGGGCGGCCCCAAGUUAAUUCUCCGAUGUAGGGCCGUGCACGUCAACAUACAAGACAAAGCUGGCCGCCGCUAUCGUAUGCCGCUGGAAACGGUCAUGAGGGCAGCCUCAAGCGUCUACUCCAGAGGGCCGACAUUGACUUCAACUCAAAAGACAAGGCUGGCCACACUCCGCUAUCGCAUGCUACUGUGA